CCUCUCGGCCUCGGAGUCAGAAAUUUUCGUCCCUGACUGGUAAAAAGUAUUUGCCCUUUAAUUCACACUUAUAACUUUCAAAGCAUUUGCCCUUUAAUUCAAACUUAUAACUUUCAAAGCAUUUCCAUAAAAAAAGAAAUCCCCCAAAAAUUCAUUUCAGGGUCUCUGUUCUGUUCUGCUCUGUUCUUCCUUGUAAGUUCAUAUUCUCUUAUUCGGCUCCUUGCAUUUUCUCUCCAGGAGCUUCCAAGAUCAAAUCGUUAGUGGGUUUCUGCUUAGAAUUUUCUUUUGUUAUAUGGGUCUGGUUGAAGAACUGCUUUCUGAGGGUUGAGUUUUUUUUCCUUGGGAUUUUAACUUUGUUGAAGGUUUUUAAAGCUUGUCUCAGUCGUACUUUUGCUGCUUCACUCUCCUGAGGUUGCAUUUCUUCAGCAGAAGCUUCGGGUUUUAACCUUUAGGUUUGUGAUCGAUCGGUGAGAGUGCAACUAUGUUCCACCUUUAACUUUUGCUUUUUCUUUCUGAGAUUUUUGCUGUUGUCAGCUUUUGGCCUUUUGUUUCCGUUGUUCGCCCUUUCUCUUUCUCCAUUCUUGUCUUCCCGAUGAAGCUUUGUAAUCUAGGGUUUCCCAAGCUUUGUAGAGUUCAAAUUUAUAGCUUUAAUUUGAGUCCGGUGUCUUGAAAUUUGAAAUCCUUUUUGUUCGUUUACGUGGAGCCAGUUUUGCUCUUAAAAUAUCUGGUGGAAUCGUGGAACGAACUUAUUAAAUUGUCAGCGUUGGGCUUCUUCUUUUUCAUUUUUUUAAAGCUCUCUCUCUCUCUCUCUCUCUCUCUAGAUUCCCUGUCUUUGUUUUCAUGUGUCAGCAUUGGGCCUCUUCGCAUUUCUUUUUGGACCGCUUCCCAUUCUGCUUCGGUUUAAAGAAGACGUUUGAUCUUUAAUUCAACUGCAUUUGGCGUUUGGAUUACUGUUCGUGCUCUGAUGGAAGCAUUUGCCAUAGGAUUUUAGUAACUUUGAAAUAAAGGGAUUGUGCUUUGGUUCAGAAUCAAGGCACAAUCAAUUCCUGUUCUCUUCAUUACAAUCGUGUAGCUUACCCAAAUCAAACACCUCUAUGGGAAUUCCAGUUACGAAAUUGUUUUCGUUCAGAUCAUAGUCUGCCGAUCUCUUUCAUUCGACCAUUAGGAGAGGCUGAGAGCCUAGUGGAUUUCUCCAAAGUUGUGGAUAAGGAAGCGUAGGAGGUUUGGUUUAUCCAUUAAAAAGUAGCCCAAGUGUGUGUGUGAUCAGUUGAUAAGUAAAUGCAUGGAUGGGAGAGAAGCCAUGGCGUUACCUGGGUCUGCAUCUUAUUUUAUGCUUCAGCAACAGAGAGGAGUAGCAGGGUCAGGGCCAGGAGCUCAGACUGGGUUACAUGGACCGCCUGGUAUUCGUCCAUUGUCUAGUCCAACCAUGCCAAUGCAAUCAAAUAUUGGUGGCAGUUCUGCUGGAUCGACAUUUCAAGUAGAGACUUCGUCGGCCAUUACACCCCAUAGCGGUAACGUGAGUGUUCCAGGACCAACUGGGUUGCCGCAAGGAGAGCCUGUUCGGAGGAAAAGGGGUAGACCUCGGAAGUACGGCCCUGAUGGUACCGUGUCGUUGGCACUAUCUCCCUUGUCCUCCUCUGCUCCUCCAGCCUCAUCGUCGAUCGCACCAACUCAGAAGCGGGGUAGGGGAAGGCCACCGGGGACUGGCAGGAAGCAACAAUUAGCUUCUCUUGGUGAAUGGCUCUCUGGUUCUGCUGGAAUGGGUUUUACUCCACAUAUCAUCACCAUUCCAGUAGGGGAGGACAUUGCUACAAAAAUAAUGUCAUUUUCCCAGCAAGGGCCAAGGGCUGUGUGCAUUCUUUCAGCCAGUGGCGCUGUGUCUACAGUGACACUUCGUCAACCCGCUACUUCUGGAGGGACUGUCACAUAUGAGGGUCGUUUCGAGAUAUUAUGUUUAUCAGGAUCCUAUAUGCUCACUGACAAUGGUGGAUCCCGCAGCCGAACUGGUGGUCUUAGUGUCUCCCUUUCCAGUCCUGAUGGUCGUGUUAUUGGUGGUGGAGUUGGAGGAAUGCUUAUCGCAGCAAGCCCAGUUCAGGUAAUAGUGGGUAGUUUUGUCUAUGGUGGUUCAAAAGCAAAGAACAAAACCGUGGCGGGUGCACAGUCAGGUCCAGAUUCUGAUCUACCAACGGAUGAUAAAUCACCGGUCCCUCCAACAAGUGCCCCUUCCAAUCAAACUAUGACAGCUACUUCUUCGAUGGGUGGGUGGCCUGGAUCUCGGCUGGUGGAUAUGAGGAAUUCUCACAUCGACAUUGACUUGACACGUGGAUGACAAUAUCAGCCGUUUAUGUGGCUCAUUUGUACAUGUCAUCAAGUAGUGUGGCAAUCAGAAAGGACAUGGUGGCCUAAGAAAUUCCCCUCUUUUGCUCACCAGUAGAUAAUGGCUUGUACUAACAUAUUUUUGUAGCAUGCGCAAGCACUCCGAGGCCCUUGAAACGAUGCUAGAUCAGUGAAUUCUAGUUAGGGUCUUGCUUGAGAUCUUGUAUUUAACUGUAUCUUGUAGACGUAUCUAAUUUUAGGCUGUGUUUGGUAUGCAUUCCUAUUAUAGAUUUUGGGUCCAAAUGCAAUCUGAAACCCAGUCCUCAAUUUUCUCUUAUCAGAAUGCGUUUUAGACCCAAAAUCUAUACUGAGAAUUAAUGCAUACAAAAACAGCAUUUGAUUGUAGAACAAAAGUUGUCUAAACUCCAAACCUAUCAAACAGCAUGGUGGAAAUGUUUGAGAGCUAAA